AGAUGCUUGGAGGUGUUAGUUGACGGGCGACUGACUGCAAGACUAAUGUUGUAUUAUGGGGGCUUCUUUACGACUUGGCGGGUGCAUUUUCCUAGUGUCAUCUGCACAGGCUGAGCAAGUUUAUAAAACAAUAAUAAAAGAACUAAUUUCAUUCUGUUUCAUUUGAGCAAGUUUUAUGAUUAUUUUUUUCAUUUCUUUUCCCCGCGCCCCUGGUUGGCCUUGUGGCGAUGUAGCCAGAUAACCGCCAGUGGUACAAGCGCUGAUACUCGGCGUGUCGCAAGUUGCGCCAUAGCACCAGGCUGAUGCGUCUUUUUUGCGGAUUUGUUGCAAUUAAUAAUUAAAAACCUGGUGCCAGCUAACGGUGUAUUCUUGUACUUUCCUUUUUCUUCUUUUCUUUUCCAGAUUCAAGAAAUUAUAAAGAAGACUUUUCCCCCCAAGAAUUUACAUCUCGAUUUCUAUUUUAUUUAUCUUCCACCAACACACUCUUCCUCCACUAUCCAGGCCAGGCACCAACAGCGCUACACCGAACCCCUACCGCCCACCAGAUCCCCCUCUCAGAUCUUCGUGCCCCUCCAAACACAAAGAACAACCCCCGCGCAUCAAACUCACAUCUCUCUACCUUCCACCCACAAACCACAAUAACCAAAAUGUCGCACACUUACGAGUUCAACAUCACCAUGACCUGCGGUGGCUGCUCCGGCGCCGUCGACCGUGUCCUCAAGAAGCUUGAAGGUGUUGAGAGCUACGAAGUCUCUCUCGAGAACCAGAACGCCAAGGUCGUCACCUCGCUACCUUACGAGACCGUCCUCGCAAAGAUCGCCAAGACGGGCAAGAAGAUUACAUCCGCUACUGCCGACGGUGUCACCCAAUCCAUUGAGGUUCCCGCUGCCGCUUAAUUCGAGAUGACGAGACGAUCAAGGCGAGAUGAAAAGACAUGAGAGGAUAUACCGGUUCAUACAUAGCGUUAAUGACAUCACAUUUUACUCACC